AUGCUUUCAUCGUCUUUCCAAAAAGCCGCUCGUUUUGAAGACCUAGUCGUUUAUUGCCGCUGGCCGCCAUCCCUAUCCAUUUUAGCGCUUCCAAGGGCCACAACUGCCGCGCGGGUGAAGCAGCUCAUGGAUGCAUGGGUCGAGCUGCACCUACCCUCCCGUCCAGUGUCCCUUGCCACCUUCGCCGACCUGACCUCGUGGCCGUAUCCGAUGCGCCCGCCUUACCCGCCUCCUCUCUUGUUUCUGCCUAUAUAUCGUGGCAUGCACUGCACGUUUCGCGAUCCUGUAACCAGCGUCCAAUGCACCGCUAUAAAGCGAAGGCAACAACGUAUUGCUGAGCACUGUUCAGUAGAGCAUCAAUGGGUGAAUCCUGUCGCGCGAGGCAAUCGCCCUACCGACGUAAAUGUACGUGAGCGGCCGUGGGAGGUCAACAUACCCUGCCAGCACCUCCGACCAACUGGGAUUGGGGGAGAGCUGAUCCAUGUGAGAGUGGAGGAGCAGCAGCCUUAA